UACUUUAUUUCCUCUCUAAAUUGGCGUUUGGGGAGAAGCCAGGCGGAGGCGACGACGACGAAGAGCCUCGGCCUCGAUCGAUCUCGAUGCGCUGGUACUGUUCUAGCUAGAUUAUCGGCAAUCGGCAGCAUUCGCGAGAGAGCUGGAUGAUUCUUGCUCGUUUCUUGGAUCCCAGAUUAGAUUUCGCGUCGGCGUGGGAGCUGCCACCGCUUAGUGCCUGGAAUUUCGUCCGUUCGAGGGAAUUCGGUCGGUUUUCUUCCGGGAUCGAAGGGCAAUCGUCGUGAUCGGCUGCCAGUCGCCGCAUUUCUCUCCCGGGAUGAUGAAGGGAGAGGAGAAUAUCGCCAUGGACAAGUCGAAAUCCAAGAGCGGCAGCGAUGGCGCAGCAUCGGACCAGAAGAAGCUGGAGAGCUCGCCGAGUUCCAGGGAUCCUUCCAAGUACGCGGCCUUCUCGGCCAUGUUUCCCUUCUCCAGGACCACAUCCAAUCGCCACAAGAAGCUCUUCUCGGCCUUCCGCUCCUUCUUCCACUUCCUGCCCGUCCAGAUCGCGUGCCGCCGGAUGUCACUUCCCGGAGGGCCGUCCGAGUCCUCCGCUCUAGGGAGCCGCGUCACUGGCACUCUCUUUGGCAACAGGAAAGGCCAUGUCCACUUCGCGGUGCAAGAGGAUCCAAAGUCACCUCCAGUGCUGCUGCUGGAACUUACCACUCCAACGAGUACGCUGGUGAAAGAGAUGGCGUCCGGGCUUGUCAGGAUUGCUCUAGAAUGCGAGAGGACGAUGAAUCGGGGGAAGCUCUUCCUGGAGCAAGUGUGGACGAUGUACUGCAACGGCAGGAAGAGUGGCUACGCUCUGCGGAGGAUUUGCUCCGAUUCAGAUCUACAGAUACUGAGGAUGGUCCAGGCGGUUUCGAUGGGUGCCGGGGUUUUGCCAAUGGACGAGGAAGGGGCUGAUGGCGAGCUCAUGUAUAUGAGAGCCCGCUUCGAGAGGGUGGUGGGAUCAAAGGACUCGGAAGCGUUUUACAUGAUGAAUCCGGAUGGAACUGGGGGACCCGAGCUAAGUAUCUUUCUGUUGCGGAUCUGAGGAAACUAACAAAACAGGGGUGGCAGAGAACAAAAAAACACUCCAACACUACAGCAGUCAGUCAGUUUUGGGUUGGGUGGCACUUUAAAUCGCAACGAUAGUCUAGGCACACGACAAAGACGCAUUUACACAGAUACACAACUUCGUAGCGGGAGUUACUCGGGCAGUCAGUGAGUCAGUUGAAAGCUUCUUGGCGGCUGUCACGGAGGGAUUGGUUUCGGCCCCGUGGUGUUGGUUGGAGCCGCAUCUUUGAGCCGAGAUAAAAGACAUUGAUGACAACAACAGCCGAAUCACUAUAUAGUUCGAUAGGAGGAAAUGGCCGCCCAGUUACAACUUUCUCAAAGCUACCCCGAAGCAUCAGAUCGACCGACAGCAUUGCGAGAAUGUGAGACACCGGAGAUGGAGAAAGCUAUAGGUAGCUAGCUUAUUUGGCUACUUGGUUGGUGGAUGCUGGGAAACGUUCGAAAGUGAUAGACCUUUGGCUGUUA